UGUAGCCAACGAGCUAAACCAAGCGCCAGGGAACUCCCCCCGGUAGCAAUCAGUUUCGCGUCACAGUUCUGCCUUGUUGGUUUGCUUUCGCAGCUUGUUUGGAGUUUGUUGACCGAACCACCAACCAAAGCAGCCCGAUUUUCCAUCGAUUCUCGUGAGAAACCCGAAACCGUGGAUUUACCAGCACCUCCCACUGCCGGAAUGGUCCUGUUGCCGGAAAUCUACUGCCCGGAGCAGAUUGUGAUACCGGAAAACUUCAACAACGUGCUCAAAGUUUACGCCAAAGCUGUCAUCCGGACGCAGCCGUUUGAUUUAUUGCGCUGGUCGGCCGCCUACUUCCGGUGUCUGGCCCUCGAGCGGACGCCACCGGUGAAGCCCCGCUACGAGCCCGAGCUGCGGCGGGGUCGGCUGUCCAGCGGUGCCCUGCGGGUACUAAUCGAUCAGCUUGGCAAAGGCUUUUUCGUCCAAAAACGGAUCCUGCAGGAAAAAUGGCAAGGAUUAUGCCUGCCGGAAGACGACCUAUUGAACCUCCUGUCGCUGUUGCGGAUGCUGGACUGGCCCCAGUUGCACUGGCUCAAGAUUGUGGCCGUCUUCAUUGGGCAGUUGAGUGACAGUCUGUCUCGGACGGCCGAAAUGAUCUGCGAGCUGCUGACCGAGGAACCGGAAGGUGGCCCAGCGCCGAUUCCGCUGUGGAUGUUCAAGGAGUGCUUCCUGGCCGUGGCCCGGCUCGAUUGUGGCGCACUGCAGACAUUCGUCGAUGGGAGGAAAGUUUUAGAGGACGGCCAACUCGAGCGGAAGCGCCCGAUGACGGAGAUGCCAAAAGUUUUAUCGUCAGUUUCGUUCAAAAACGCCAUCAUCGACAAGUACAAGAGCAUCAUGGGAAUCGAUACCAAGUUGGACCGCGGGGACGCGGAGUUGCUGUCGGUUGAGGAGAGGUUCGAGGAGUUGUCGGAGGUUCCGUCGCGGAUUGAUUCGGAUUUUCGGUUUGUCGGGGAUGAGACCGAUCCGGGUGAGGUGGUACGACGAGCACCGGAUUUUGAGAGUGUGAUUGUUUUGCUGGAUGAGCUGCGCGAGGAGAGGCUGAAGGAGCAGUUGAGUACGGUGGCGAUUUCCGAAGCAAAGCUGGAGCGAGCUAAGGAGCGAUCGCAACGAUUGGAAGAUCUGCGGGAGGGUUUGCCCGAGUAUGAUUAUGAGAAGUUGAUGGAAGCGGAAAGGCAGCAAUUGCUGAAAGACAUGGGACCUCCGUGGUUGUUGCUGUAUUUGUUUUCACGUUCUACGGGCCGGGACCGAUCGUACAACUACUUGGAGGAGACUUCACUGGAGGAUGAAGGUUCGGUUGCGGGGUUCUCCAACGAUAGCUUCGACAUGCGGGGAGCUGAGCGGUUGGACGUUGAGGAAGGAGACGAGGAAUAUCACAGCGUUGAACGCCGUCGAUCGUCGACUUACUCAAUGCCGGCUUCGGUGCGAUCGCGGAUGAGCUCGAUCUAUUCGUCUGCGACGCGUAUCGCGAACGAAGUGUUGUCCAGGAUCAUCUGUAUGGUAGACGAAGCCAUUAUCGACGGUGAGUGCAGUCUGUCGGUGGCAUCGAUUGCGAGCUUCAUCGAGCGCAAGAGUCAUGAUGAAAGUGCGAGGAUAAGCGAGCAUGACUUUUCGACGUUGAAGGACUUUAUGGAGGAAGCGCAGCGUAAAGAGUUGGAGGUGAAGGAUCUGAAUCAGCUGUAUCACUUUUUCGUUGGGGAAAGCUUCAAGGCAGCUGCCGAUGAACCGAAGCGAGAUCGUAGCAAGGAGAUAACGUCGAUCUUCGAGGCAAGUGGGAUCGAAGUGGAUAAUACGCUGCUGGAUGCGCAAAUCUCGGAGAACAUGAUCCUGGGAUUGGUCCAAAAGGAACCGGAACCGGUGCCAACGCCAGACUUGUCUCCUCGUCAAAUACCGGCAGAUGAAGCCGUACUCCACGUAACAGCUCCAGAUCUGGAAGCUGUUCUGGAAGACGAAGAGGAGCCGCCAGAAGAACCCAGUGAGGAGCAAGCACCAUCACCACCGGAAGUGGCCACCCAAACGGAUCCCCUAAACGUCAAAUGUACCGAACUGAUGCGCCGCAGAACGUUGACGCGCAGCUCGGAGCUUAUGGUGGAGUACAGCUGCCGAAUUCCGCCCAUUCCUGGAAUUGGACCUCCGUUGAGCGAAGACGUCAUCCAGGCAUUUUUGGGCUACUUGGCCAAGCGAGCCAUUCACCAGCAGGGGUUGAUUUAUCCGAGGAAUUUCCGGGAGACGCCCUGUCCGAAAAUUGGUUAGAGCUGUCGUCACCCGCUCGCGAAAUGAGUAAGUGCUUCGCAUUAGCGACGGAAAUGGAACAUCAUUAAUCACAUUCGUGUGUCUUUGUCGCGUGGGACCAAUAUUGCAUAUUAGUGUUACACAGAGAUAAGUGUGCUGGUGGAAUUCAAUAAAUUUAUAGAAUGAAACAACA